UCUCACUCCAUCUCCCUUUUUUCUUUUCUCUUUCUUUCUUAUGUUUUUAUUGUUGGAACCUUUAUCAUGAGCAACAUUCCCUCUUCUCUCACAGACUCCUCUCUUACCCUCUUCAAUCUCGCCAUUUCUUCUUCUGAUCCUUGGCCUUUUUCUCCUGUUUUCUCAUAGCCUUGAUUUCCUCUAAUAUUCGCUUUCAUUUUUUUUUUUUUUCAUUUUUGGGUUUCUUGUAUUCAUAUUGAAAUGGGAAGCGGAAUCAAACAACAACAACAACAACAACACCACCACCACCACCACAGCCUGAAUUUUCAUAUUCACUUUCCUCAUGGGAAGAAAGAUGAUGAAUUGAGAGAAAUUCCUAAGGGAUGUUUAGCGGUGAAGGUGGGUCAUGAAGGUGAAGAGCAACACAAGUUUGUGAUCCCAGUGAUGUAUAUAAACCAUCCAUUGUUCAUUCAGUUGCUCAACGAAGCUGAAGAAGAAUAUGGGUUUGAUCAAAAAGGUCUCAUCACCAUUCCUUGUCAUGUUGAGGAGUUUCGUAAUGUUCAGGGCUUGAUUGAUAAGGACAAGUCCAUUCAUCACCACCACCAUCUUCAUCAUAUUUGCUGUUUCCAUUAGAAGAAUACAAAUUAAUGUUACAUUUAAUUAUGUAUAUAAAUUAUUCUAUAUUCUAUCAUAAUAUAUACUAAGAUUAUUGGUUUGUCGACGAAAUGAUAAUUGUAUUAAAUGAAAAAAUUAUCAAGAGUGAGUUUGUCAUUUUA